GUGGCCACUCUCUAAAUGUAUAUCACGCGGCUGAGUAUUUCAACAACAGAAAUGUGAAGUGUGCUUGGGAGAGGUAGAAGGGAUACGUUUAGAGAUCAUUUUUUAAAAAGUCUGUUUUAUGUUACGGUUACAAAAAAUAAGUUUUUAAUACAUUUAUUAUUAUUAUAAUUUUUUUUUAUAAUGUUCAGCGGUGCGUGUCAUCCAGUUUAAUAUUACGCUGCUUUAUUAAAUGUGAAAUAAAUGAAUACCAAGACUAUGCUUACAAGUGUGCUGUGUCCACAGCCGGUGUGAGAGAAUUGCUAAUUAAUGAGUCCCUCUUGAUUGUCGGGUGUGAUCAUCUACUCGAGUCCAGAUGAACGACUUUCGGGCUGUGUCAUGCUGACACCCCUGUUAGUGCUCUAGUUUCAGUGAGGUUGGCACGGCUUAUCUCGUGACUUUGUUGUCACUUGAACCUAGAGCACUAUUGCUAGACGACAUGUACUGUAUUCCUAUACGGAGUAGUUCAUUCUUUCUGGCUGAUAGGAGUUUAUCUUUUAGAUACGAUUUGUGACAAAGUCACAUUGAAAGACAGGAGAACAAGAUCAAGUUUUUACUCACACGGAGUCAAUGAACCAAAUCGUAGGUUGCUGUUGUUUUAGCCGACACAUCUGAUUGGCGUCUGGCACUAAUAGUGCCUGGUCACGUUAGUCCUGCGUCAGUCGCCUGGGAAUGGAAUGUCGAGCUUGUCCUUUAAAUCCGGCUCCAACUGGCUCCUGCUGGGAUAAGUCCGAUCCUUGGCAAUCUUUCAGCAGUUUUUGUGUAGUAAUGCUUUUAUAAAAAAAAUAUUCACUGCCCCACCUGGAGACCUGCUACAAGAGAUUGAUUUCAGUCGUGAUAAGCCUUAGUUAGUGUGACAAUCAAUCAGAUUUUGUGACAUGUCCACCUUAUGAGCAUUCAGAGAUAUUUCUCUUUCUCUCUCUUUCUCUCUUUCUUUCACUCUCUUUACUUCUGUAUUAACUUUCAGCAAUUUUUGUCUUUUUUUGCUCAAACCUAACGAAUAAGAUGUUCGUACCAGUGUCACAGUGACAUACGCUUGCAGUCAUUACUGGACUCGUCACCAGAAAGCCAUUAAGAGGUCACUAGAAGGUCACAGCAAAACCACUUCUAGAUCACAUCAAGGUCAUUGCCAGGUCAUCUCAAGGACAUUUCUAGAUCCCCAAAAGGUUAUUACUAGGUCGUUCUUAGGUCACUACAAGAUCAAUACUGGUUCACCGUUAGAUCACCACUAGGUCAUUUAGAAACAACUACAAGGUCAUCACAAUGUUUCUACUGUCACUAGAAUUUCACAACUAGGUUACUACUAGAUCACUAUAAGGUCGCUAAUGUUUCACAUAGACGUUCACUUUGUUGACCUUUGACAAGACUAGCUUCAGAAAAUGAUAGACCACCACAAUUUCUGGCCAGUGAUAAUCGUCUUCCACAUUGCCACGUCUCCAUUUUGUGACCCCCGCUUUGUCCAGGGCAAGAACGCUAGACGCAACGCUUCGUAUACACCCACUACAGCGUUGUAUUAUAAUGAAGACAUCCAGAUUGCUUAUUCAAUGUACCCGUCUCCACCCAACAUACAUUCACAGUCCACGCCUUAUCUCAACACACCCAUUCCAACGCAGAUUAGCGACAACGUACUGGGACCUGCGAUGUCAGCGUUUGACGCCGCCCUGCCAGCUAGAAUCAACCCAGUAAGGGCAGAAACUAAUCCUUUUUUCGCCAAGCACGUGGCCCCGAGAAACAGCUCUAUCUUGACCUUGGGGUACCUGGUGCAGAAGACGCACAUGAACAAGCAGGGCGAACACCACUGGAAAACCCUCUCCGGCGCCCUGCUCUACGCCGUAGAUGUAAUCAACGAGAAGAGGAUAAUCCCGGGAUUUAACGUGUCUUACGUAUUCAGGGAUACUUUUGGGAGUACGAACCAAUCCCUGUACGAGAUGUCUAAGCUUUGGCGAGACGGCAUCGUGGGUUUUAUAGGACCCUCUGCCGUGUGCACAGACGAAGCAAUGCUGGCAGCAGCUUGGAAUUUACCUAUUCUAUCGCACAUGUGUGUGGAUGAUGCCGUCUCGGACAAAACCAGGUACGCCACUUUCGCCAGGACUUACCCACCUGCAGCACAGAUUACAAGUUCAGUGCUAAGUCUCUUGCUGCAUUACCAGUGGACCAAGUUUUCCAUUAUCUACGGCGUCAAUGAAAGACCAGGCACUUCCUACGAGUCGAUCGCUGUUCGACUGAAGACCAUGGCGGAGGACUACAAUGUGACCAUCAACCAUUUCUUACAGUACUCCGAGCCCUAUUUCCCCAAUUACAUGGCCAGUAUUUUUAAAAAGUACGUGGAGGAGACAUACGUGGACACUAGGGUCUAUGUUUUCAUUGGCUACUUGAACCCAGCUGUGGAUUUCAUCAUUAACCUAAGUGACCGAGGCCUGUUGGACACUGGAGAGUACGUGGUCAUCUAUGUGGAGAAUCCGGAGUACAUUCCAAUGGAGGCUAAUAAAUAUUUUAAACGUACCUUUGAAAGUGACCAAAGUCAGCUGCCUAAUAUUCGUGGGGCGCGUUCACUGCUGGUGGUCAAGCCCAACUCUGUGGCCAGUUUGGAAAACUUUUACAACACUGUACGAGACUAUAACGACAAGCUGAGUGGGGACAGGCAGGGAGGUAACCCUCUCAACUGGACCAAGAUAGUACCGGAAGAUGCAACCAAUCUCUUCGAUGCUGUCAUGUUGUAUGCCAUCGGCUUAGCCGAAGUCAUCGCUGAGGGUGGAAGUUAUUUAGACGGAAGAGCCAUUAUAGGAAAGAUUUGUGGCAAGAACUACACAAGUAUCAAGGGAUUCAGAAAUCGAAUAGAUAAAAAUGGCGAUGCAGAGGGCAACUACACGGUGCUAGCCUUCCAGACAUCUGUGGACCGUGACCUGCCCACCAUGGCACCAGUGGCCGGAUUCAGAAUGCGAGCUGUAGGCGAUCUACCGGAAUAUCAUGUGAUUGACGGAAAGUCUAUAGUGUGGGUAGGAGGUCAACCACCCAUAGCAGAGCCACCAUGUGGGUACAGACGGAUGAGGUGUCUACAAGAGAAAUCUUACCUGAAAGAGAUCGUAUCAGGUGUAUUCGGUGGUGUAGCCCUCAUUGUUGGCCUAAUACUAAUUCUAGUCUACAGAAACUGGCGCUAUGAACAAGAGAUUGCCGGACUACUCUGGAAGAUUGACAUGUCUGCCAUCCAGUGUAGUGAUGCUUCCGGUGGUCGCUGGGACAGGAAGCUACUCUCUGAGGACAACGAUAACUCGGCCAACUGCGGCAUCAGUAUGGUGUCUAUGGAGUCCAGGAACACAUACGCUCAGGUCUACACCUAUAUAGGGAAGUACAAGGGACAAACAGUAGCAUUGAAGACUUUUAAGAAGAGCAGUUCAGACAUGACCAGGCAAGACAAGCGUGAAAUGAAAUUGAUGCGAGAACUGAGGCAUACAAACAUCAACUCAUUUAUCGGAGCUUGUCUGGAGUCAUCAGUUCUGACUUUGGUCACCGCCUACUGUGUUAAAGGGAGCUUGCAGGAUGUCUUAGAGAACGAUGAUAUUAGACUAGAUUCAACAUUUAUAGCUUCACUUAUCAAAGAUCUUAUACAGGGUAUGCUGUAUAUACAUAACAGUGAUCUCAUAUUUCACGGGAACCUCAAGAGCUCUAACUGUGUGGUGACCAGUAGAUGGACCUUACAAGUGACGGACUUUGGCCUGUUGAAUGUCAGAAACUCCAGUCGUAAUGUUGAGGACCACUAUGCUUAUUACAGACACAUGCUGUGGAGUGCCCCAGAGAUAUUACGCAGUGAGGGCAAACUACAAGGCAAUCAGUCAUGUGACGUUUACGCUUUUGCCAUUAUUUUGUAUGAGACGUAUGGCCGAGCUGGACCCUACGGGCAUAUUGACAUGGACCCUGAAGAUAUUGUCCAUCGGGUGAUGAGCACAAAAUUGUGCAAACCUUUCAGGCCGAAUGUCUCUAUCCUGGAAUGUGAUGACUACAUUAUAGACCUGAUCACUUCCUGCUGGACCGAAGACCCGCUAUUAAGGCCAGAUUUCAGAACUAUCUGGAACCGCCUUAAGCCCCUCAGAGCCGGAAUGAAGAGAAACAUCUUUGAUCACAUGCUGAGUAUUAUGGAGAAAUACCAGGAACACUUAGAGGAACUGGUCGAUGAAAGAACGGAACAGUUGAGCGAAGAGAAGAAAAAGUCGGAGACCUUGUUGUACAGAAUGUUGCCUAGAUCUGUAGCAGACCAACUGAAGAAAGGGGAACCUGUCAUCCCUGAAGCCUUUGACAUGGUCACUAUAUACUUUAGUGACAUCUGUGGCUUCACUUCACUGUCCGCAGAGAGCACACCUAUGCAGGUAGUUGACAUGUUGAAUGAUCUUUACACCUGCUUUGACUCCAUCAUCAAAAAUUUUGAUGUUUACAAAGUCGAGACCAUAGGCGAUGCUUACAUGGUAGUGAGUGGUCUGCCCAUCAGGAACGGUCAACUUCACGCCAUGGAGAUUGCCUCAAUGUCUCUGGCUCUCCUGACGGCCAUCAAAUCGUUCACCAUUCGGCAUAAACCUAAUGAGAUGCUCAAGUUAAGAAUUGGUCUUCAUUCAGGUCCAUGUGUGGCUGGUGUUGUUGGAUUAACUAUGCCAAGGUACACUCUCUUUGGUGACACGGUCAACACCGCAUCUAGAAUGGAGAGCAAUGGGGAAGCACUCAAAAUCCACUGCAGCAUGUCUUGCAAGAGAAUCUUGGACAGAAUUGGAGGUUUCCAUCUAGAGGAGCGCGGCUUGAUCUCGAUGAAGGGGAAAGGGACGCAACUGACUUAUUGGCUACUAGGGGAAGACAAAUCUAAACGAAAUAUCCCGACACCCUCCCUGCCAGACACCCGAGCAAGCAGCAAAGAUUUGGCCUCUAUGGACAGGCGCAGGACAUCGCCUCCAGACCUUCCACAGCAACCCCCAGCCACAGAUUCAUGCAACCACUCUCAUUCCCUGUCCAACCACCAGAUCAACACGCUGAAUGACAAGUGCCGACUUAAAGACGCCAUCAACACUGGCUCAUUCCCAGAAGGCAUCAACAGCAACGGGAUGCAAAAACAAUACCUGAGCUCAGCACUUAAAGAGCGUGCCAUGAAUGCACAAUUAGGAUUCGCCUCCGAUUUCCCGCUUCUCCGAACUUCCGAAAGCAGCAGACGAUCGCGUGAGAAGAUAACGAGCUACUGUGAAAACAACGAAAGCGCCCCCACGGAGGCGACGACAUUGCUAAUGGAAUAUUGUGCCCAGCCAUCACUCAACGGGACACAAGUCUGAAGGGACAAAAAAAAAUUAGAGUUAGCCUUUUUUCCUUGGCCAGUUUUCGGUCAUGAUAUAUGAUUGGAAACUUUCAAACAAAACCAGUCAUGUGACAGUCAUGUGACAUUCCUGUGAUGACGUCGAAUAAGCAGACGAGAACUAGUAUUUCUACACAAACAAAAGCCUUAAUUUUGAGAAAUAUAUUUGACUUGUUUUGUAAAACAGUGAAAAUGAUUUUGUCGUGAUCGCUAAAUAAUACCUAAAUAAUGUGAUUUCACGUCCAUUUCCUAAUAUAAAACAUUAUUCAACUGCCAUUAUCAUUUUCGUAUAUUUAGUGUUUCUUUCAAAAAGAAAAAAAUGUUUGAACAAUUGCCUUAAUGGAAAGAGAUACAGUUGUCCAAACCUUAAGGGGGAGUUACGUAGGGCUAUUUCAUUAGACAACCUGAUGUUGAAUAGGUGAAGGCUAGUAUGCAUUCUUGUCUUAUAUGACUAAAUAUUUAAACAUGCACAGUUUUUCGCCAUUUAAUCCAAGCUUCAGUACAGGCGUGAAAACAGAUCAUGAUGACCAAUGUGAGAAAUGAGUUAUAAGAUCAAUUUCUAAACCAUUUUGCUCUCAUAGCAUGUAAAAUAGGUUUGACCACUUUUUGGGUCCACAAGUGCGACACGUAGUGGACGAUUCUUGGUUUGACACUGAUACCGACCUGGCUUUGAACCCAUGACACACAUUUUCUUCGCUUGUAGACUUACAUGCAAGUAAUAUGUAUGCUUACAGGAAACUAGAACUAAUACUGAUGUCUUGUUCUUCUUCUGCUAAAAAAGUCUAAUAAGUUAUUGAUUCCAAUUAUUUUAUUGAUACAAGCCAGCAAACAACUUGUUAACCCUAACCUUAACCUUAUUCAGCCAUGUUUCCCACAGUAAGAUCUUUGGAUUUUGGCUACAUUAUUUUGCAUUUCGAUUAUCCUCUGCACUUUGAAGAUCGUAUUAAGAGAAUUUUUUGUUUCCAUUUGGAGGUUUGCUACAGUUUACACUCUAUCACGUGACCCAAGGAGACUCAUUAAGAAUUUUUUUUUCAGUUUGUUGUUUAAUUAUUAAAAUAUAUUUUAAUUUCUAUAAAGUAAAACAUGCUAAUAAUACCAAUUGUAUUUAUAAAAUACGUACAUCUAUAACAGACACAUGCCAAUAAAGGUUCUUCCGUUUAACGAGGAGGUAUCCUGUUCGGAGAUUUGAACUACGAGUUCCUUCUAAAGGGACUUUAAAAAUAAAACUACAAACACAAUGUUAUAAUAAAUAUAAAUGUAAGGUUGAGAUGACCCUCCAAUCCUCUUACUCUCACCCACCCCUCCUAAAAACUUAGCAGAAUUUUGACCAUGCAUGUCAUUGUAUACAUCAAAGCGCCGAGUCUAAUGUUUCUAUAUCAUAGGUCAGUGUGUCCAACUUACGCUGCUCUAGUUAAGUAGUAAUGUGAUCCUGUUAAGUCUUAAGUAGUGACGUAAGGAACCUAUUAAUACAGCUACAUCCUGGCCUCAAGACUUGCCCCACCUUCACGCUAGCUACAUCCUGGCCUUAAGACUUGCUCCUCCUUCACGCUAGCUACAUCCUGGCCUCAAGACUUGCUCCUCCUUCACGCUAGCUAUAACGUUGUUCUAGAAGUAAGUCCAUUGUAGUGUCUGCACCUACCUAGUCACUUCUACAUUGACACAUUUCAUACAAUACAUGUAUGCAGAGGCGUAGUGAGCAAAAUGUGCGCCCGGGGGCAUUAUUGGCACCCUCAUCCCAUUUUCUAUGAACAUCACGUAGAAGUAUAGGCUGCGUGUGACACCAACCUGAGGGUGGCGCCCGGGGCAUCGUGCCCCCCCCUAUACUACGGCUCUGCAUGUAUGGUUUGUAUAUUUUCUACCUUUUUGGUCAUUUUAAAUUCCGUAUUUAAAUUGAUUUUAAAUGUGUUUGUUGCUAUUUUAGAUCCAGACAUUUGACAUCUGUACAAAUCAUCCAAAUACUAUAGAGAACGAGUAUUAAAUUGUUUGAAAAAUAGUUUCUGUUUUAAAGUGUUUGAAAAUUGUUUUUUAAUUGAUGCUAUAUAACACUGAUUAUGUUGCUAAUGUGUUUAGAUGACCUUUCAUCACCCUAACCUACUAAUAGCCUAUAUUGUUGUAUUUUUUUUUUGUCUGUUUUACUGUCCUAUCAAAUGUGUCAAGUGAAGUUAAUGCCAUCUAGUUCAGUGACCAAACUUUUGUUUCGGCCAGAGGUCAAAUAAAUUACCGAAACGCGUAUUUCAUCACUGAGGCAUCAAAAACAUAAGAAAUACUU